CCGGCCCGAGUCCAUCCCUAGCUAUUUGUAGGAUAGAUAAAUAUUAUUUGAGGGCAUCAUUGUGUCAAAGAGUAUAGUAUGAUGAAGUCAUUUAUCAGGGGCAGGUACAAAUCCUGCGUCCACCACUUGGUGUGGUAUCCUUUGUAUAUUGCUCUCUAGUAAACGUGUGUCGCAGGCAGAAAACGCCAGGCCAGCAUAUAUACUAUGAGUAUAUAUCAUGUCCGGUUUGCAUGGCUUACACCUGUCAAUUUCAAUUCUACAAUAAGCCUCACCCCCACCGCUUCAACUUUUCAUAAACACGAGCUAAGAAAGAAACACACACUACAGUUUACCCAUCACUAAUUAACUGCUCCUAUAACAAGCAGCCAGAUAUAUUCAUAUCAUCUGGGUAGUGAAACGUACGAGAAAAGAAGAAAUGGGAAAGAAGAAUCAGGCGUGUAUGAACAACCUGUUGUUGGCGUUGGUACUGCUUUUGGUUGCUUAUAAUUGUGCAACGGCAGCUGGGGGAGGUAGAAGAGGUCAUCUUCAGUUCGAAGCAGAGGCGGCGGAUUCAGAAGGGAAAGAUGAGCAGCAGCAGAAGAAGCUGUUCAUGUUGCAGGAAGAGAAAGAGGUGGUGAGAACAGAAGCUGGGGUGAUUAAGGUGGUCAGCGGUGGCAGCGACAGAUUAAUGAAGUCGCUGCAGAAGCAGCCAUUAAUCGAUAUCGGGUUCAUCACUAUGGAGCCCAAAUCCUUGCUCCUCCCUCAUUAUCUUGAUUCCACCCUCGUCCUUUUCGUUCGUUUAGGGGAUGCAAGAAUCGGCCACAUAUACAAGGAUGAGUUGGUGGAGAGAGACUUGAAAGCAGGGGAUAUAUACACCAUUGAAGCCGGCUCUGCUUUCUAUUUGGUCAACACUGCAGGUGGGCAAAGGCUUCGUAUCAUUUGCAGCAUUGUCGGCACCUCUCCUACCAUUGGAUCCAAUCCUUUCCAGCCGUUCUUCAUCGGUGGCGGAAAACAUCCUGCCUCCGUUCUUGCUGGAUUUGAUUUCAAGACGCUAUCAACCGCUUUUAAUGUGUCGGGGAGAGAGCUAGGGGAACUUCUGGGGGCGAAUUUGUCCGGCCCGAUCGUGCCAUUAUCAGAUUCUAAUCAUCCCGCAAACGCCUGGACUGGUUUCCUAGACCUGAAACAAGAGGAGAGAGUUGCACUCUUGAAGAGGGCAGCGGCUUUUGAGGCACCCGUGGAUAGAGAGGGAGAGGGAUGGACAUGGCUGUUCAGAAAGCUGAUGAGUCCCUUGAUGAGCAACAAUGACGAUGCUACUGAUCCUUACAACCUCUAUGAAAGUAAGCCAGAUUUCAGCAAUGACUACGGGUGGAGCAUGGCUGUUGAUGAAAAUGAUUACUCUCCUCUCAAACUCCCCGACGUCACUGUUUACCUUGUCAAUCUUACUGCUGGGUCGAUGAUGGCGCCGCAUAUCAACCCGAGAGCAACAGAGUACGGGGUUGUUCUUAGAGGAACGGGAGAGGUUCAAGUCGUGUUCCCCAACGGAACGCUCGCCAUGAAAGCCGAGGUGAAGGAGGGAGAUGUGUUUUUGGUGCCCCGGUUCUUCCCGUUCUGCCAGAUAGCGUCCCGGAAUGGUCCUUUCGAGUUCUUCGGCUUCACCACCUCGGCCAGGGACAACCAGCCCCAGUUCUUGGCAGGCGAAGGUUCGGUUAUGCAACUUCUGAGAGGGCGAGAGUUGGCAAAGGCUCUUGGGUUGAGCGAAAAGAGGCUCGGGGAGCUUCUUGACGCUCAAAGUUUUAGUACCAUAUUGCCCUCAGCCAAGGCUGCCCCGCCCAGGAUGAUAUGAUGCGAUGAGAAUGAAGGGUGUGUUGUUUGUGGUGUUUAUUAGAUGUUUGUGUUAUUUCAUCUUUGUUCAGUUGUGACCAGUGAAACGUAAGUCGAUCUUUUUAUUUCUUUAGAUAUCUUGAUUGUUUUUGUUGCUGUGUGAUCCCAUUUUCGAACUACUCUGCAGUCUGCACAUAUUUUAACUGUUGGUUUAGCGUUAAUCAAUAAGUAUGCAGGUGAACUUCAGAUAAAUAAAGUUAAUUUGAAAUGAAAACGGUAUUUGGGUAAUACUCCGAUCAAGUAAAAAACUCUUUUGGCAGAACCUGAACGUCUCGGACUCUUCCCAAGAAAGUCUUCCUUCUUGGUAGGCUUCUCUUAUCAAAUCCAGGACGCUAAGCAUGGAAACAGGAGCAGCUGCUUGGAAGGUCUUGGCGACGGCGGUGGAAACUGAACCAGUAGAUGUGUGUGUGUGUGUGAGGAGUGGUAGGAUCCACUGUGCACGAGAGAAGGGUGGUUUCAACUUUCAAGAUCCAUCAUCAUUGCGAGCAUGGCGGAAGGCUCAUUUCAAGCUCCAUCGUCGCUGUAGAGCAUGGGAAAAGGGUCGUUUCAAGCCCCACCUUUGUCACCGUUCCAUGUUCGACACACUGAU